AUGUCCAAUGCGCUUGACCAGCGCACGGCUGAGUGGCAUGCGGAGAGGGACAAGCGCCUGACAGCCUCAGCGUUCGGCAACGCCCUUGGGUUCUGGCCGGAGGGGCGCGUGGCAUUGUGGGAGGAGAAGCUGGCGCUGCGGGCUGGCUUCGCGGGGAAUGAAGCGACCGACUGGGGGACCCGGCAGGAAGCUUCCGCGCUCGCGCGCUACGAGCAGUUGACUGGACACCUCGUCGGCGCAUGCCGCUUCUCCGUGCUGCGAGACGACGCCGUGCAUGGCUGGCUCGGAGCCUCGCCCGAUGGCCUCAUUGACAGCCUCGCUGUCACGCCAGGUCAGACUCUCGGUCCGGGUGUGCUGGAGAUAAAGUGCCCCUUCAAUCGGGGCCGCCCGACAUCUGCAGCGCCGCCGAAACAGCCGCCCUGGUACUACAUGCCACAGGUGCAAGGGCUAAUGGAGAUAUUCGACCGCGAGUGGUGCAACAUCUACCUGUGGACAGUGAACGGCUCGGCGCUGUUCUACGUAGAGAGGGACAGGACUUAUUGGGCGACCUGCUUUGAGGUGCUGUCCGAAUUCUGGUGGGCGCACCUUGUGCCAGCCAAGCACGCCCUUGCCGGCAAUAAGCGCGAGCUCGCUGAGACUUACAGGCCGCAGGCCAAGCACAGGCUGACGCAACGGCUGAUCGAUGAGAGCAAGCGCAUGGCGUCUAGACUCCAGGCUUCUGGAUUUUGUUUAGUGCUGGGUACAUUGGGCAUUCUGAACUUUGUUGGCAAAGAAUAA